CCAGUGCACAGCAGCAUCAGUGGCAGUUGACAGUUGAAGCUCUGGUGGCUGAUACUAUAGUCUUGCCUUGGAAGAGCGAGCUAGUGUGCUUUGCAGCUAGUGUUAUACUUCCAGCGAUUAUCUUGUUGUUCAGAACACAAUAAAAUCUGUGCUUUUCCUGAACAUUUUUUUUUAUUUUAUUUUUUCUAUUUGGUGGAUUUAUUUAACAUCUGGAGAUGAGCCGGAGAGAGCUGAGACGGCUCCUGGAGGACCAGCGAACAUGGAGCCGUCAAGGAGAUCAUGAUGAGUCAUCCCAGACCGUGUUUGAGGAGAGGCUGCGGUCUGAGCGACGCAGAGGUGUGAGAAGAUCUCGUCGGAACACCCAGGAACAUCCAUCAAGCGGAGCAACAUCUCCUCGGCUGCAGAGACCUCGGAGGGACCACAGACAUCGAAGCCGCUCUCCUCUUCCUACUCCUCCGGUAGCAACAACGGACAGACCAAGCCCAGAUCCUCGCCCUGGUCCAAGCUCCCAGCAACCAGCUGAGAAUGAGCAGAAUCUUCCAGCCAUGGUGAUUGAGAUCGACGGGCAGAAUCUCCCGGCCAUGAUGAUCGAGAUUGAUGAGCAGAAUCUCCUGGCCAUGGUGGAAGAGAUCUACGGAUUCCAAAUGACCACCAUUGCAGAGGAUGAAGCAGCACAACCAUGUGCUAUCUGUCUGGUGGAGUACGAAGAAGGGGAGCCAGUGAUCGUCCUGUCCUGCAGCCACAGGUAUCAUCCAAGCUGCAUCACACAGUGGUUUGACAUAAAUCUCAGCUGUCCUGUGUGCCGCAGAGAGUGCAUCCCGAGGCCGGUCGUGUGCCUGAUCCGCUGAGUACAGCAGGAAGAGGAACAUCUAAAUCCCCAUCUUCUCUCCAUUCCAUACCAUCUCCGCCAUUCUGUCCAGUUCCAUCAGCUGACUACUAUAUCUCCUGUACUCCUACCACCCUCCUGCGGCCUAGGCUGGACAUAUCCACAGACUCCAUCACCACACUGGGCCUGAUUUAGGUCCUGACGCUGUAGCGGAACAUGCAGUCAAGUGCUGAUGUUCGGUACCUUGCACAUGUGCCGGACCCAUGCAUGUGCAGUACAGGUCUAUGGCGUUGGUCAUACUAUGGUAUUAGAUUAUCAGUGAUUGACGGUCUGAUGCUGCUUGAGGACGGGGAACGGGCGGUAACAGCCUCAGUUUCCCUAAAUGGAUUUGUGUCGCCGCCGUUGUUGGAGAGGGAUGCGGUUAAGAGCUCCGUCUGAGGUUGGAGAUAUCCUGGCCCCUUCAUAGUAGAUAAGGUGGCUGACUUCCGUGACUCCUUGGGUCACUCGGCCUGCUUCCGUGUAAGCAGCGCGAUAGCUCCGCCGUCCACAUAUGAAUCAGGCACACUGUGCUCCUACCAGCCAGUGGCCAUCUUAUGUGUGGCACUGGGGGAAUCCUAUGCAUACCCCACAGCCAUCCUGCUUUGGACAGGAUAGUCCUACUUUUCGGGAACUGUCUGGCUGUCCCACCCACGGGGCACACUGUUCCGGGGUGGUGGGGAGUUAGGGGGAGCACUCUCACCCCUGCUCUGCAUAGUAUGGAUGCCAUGCGCCCAGAAUCCACCAGGGCCUGAUUCAGAGAUGGAUACAGAUCAUACAGUAGCUGCGUCUAUGAAGGCAGCUGCUGAAUGAAAAUAUAUAAUGGCCUGGAGGCGUCUUGUACAAACAGACAUCGCAUGAUGGCUUCUCUGAUCCGCUGCUGUUCUAAGCAUUUUACCAUCUGUAUGAGCAUCGGUCAUCCGAGUAACCCUCAGGCCUCUUCACGCCAAAAAAAAGGGUCCAACAUCAGUGGCAGAACUUGAGAGUGGUGGGCCCAUGUGCAAAAAUAUGCUCUGGGCUCCUCUCCUCCGCCCUAUGGGAGAUGCAGUGGGUGACAGCGGGGAGAGGCUGUGGGUGACAGAAAGAGGGAGAGGGAGACAUUGGAAAUCAAAGGGUGAUGGGGAAGGCAGAGGGUGAUGGGGAGAAGCAUAGGGUGACAAAGGAAUGCAGAGGGAGACAAGGAGAGGUAGAUGGUGAUGGAGAGGCGGUGGGUUGGUUAUAGCAAAAGGCAGAGGGUGACAGGGAGAAAUUUACAUGGAGAGGGUGACAGGGAGGUAGUGGGUGAGAAGGAGACAGUUGGUAACAGGGAGAUAGUAAGAGACAGGGAGAGGGUGACAGGGUGAUAGUGAGUGGCAGGGAGAGGGUGACAGGGUGAUGGUGAUGGUGAGUGGCAGGGAGAGGGUGAUGGUGAGUGGCAGGGAGAGAGUGACAGGGUGAUGGUGAGUGGCAGGGAGAGGGUGACAGGGUGAUAGGGAGUGUCAGGGAGAGGGUGACAGGGUGAUAGGGAGUGUCAGGGAGAAGGAGACAGGGUGAUAGGGAGUGUCAGGGAAAGGGUGACAGGGUGAUAGUGACAGGGAAAGGGUGGCAUGUAGAUCAUUGGUGACAGGGAGAGAGUGGCAUGGAGAUAAUUGGUGACAGGGAGACAGUGACAGUGUGAUAGUGAGUGGCAGGGAGAUGGUAGUAUUAAGAUAGUGGGUGACAGUGACAGGUUGACAGGGCGAUAGUAUCAGGGAGAGGGUGACAGUGACAGGGAGAAAGUGACAUGGAGAUACUGGGUGACAGGGAGAGGGUGACAGUAACAGGGAGAGUAUGACAUGAUGAAUGUGGGUGACAGGGUGAUACUGAGUGGUAGGGAGAGGGUGGCAUGGAGCUAGUGGGUGCUUGGGGAGGCAAUAGAGAAAAGCAAUGAAGUGGCUGCAGGCAACGUCAUUCAAAAGUUUACUUACAAUACUUCUGUGUCCAGGUCCUACAAUACUUCUGUGUCCAGGUCCAGGUCAGAUCAGCGUUGCUUGGCUGUGAGAUGGGCUGGGCUGUCUCUACAUGCAGUGGCAGGGCUGGCCUCCAUCCACUCUGCUUGGAUACGAUGCAGGGGCAGAUCUAGACUUUACUUUUAGGGGGGGGUAAUUAUUUCUCCUGACUCCUCCCCUUUUUCAUGCCAACUCCUCCCCUUUACAAUGUCUCUUACGGUGACCUGGGCCAAGUGCCCAGCAUCACUCCUUAUAUGCGGCUCAGGCCUAUGGCCACAGGCCUGAGUUUUAGCCAUGCGCAUAGUGCCUGCCUACUAUGGGGCAGUUUGGGUGAACUGGGCCUAAUGCCCAGAGUCACCUUAUACUCCUACAGGGGCCACACUUAACUGAUAGGGCCUAGUGCCCUCUGACAUGCCCACAGGCCUAAGCGUGAACUGAGCCACAGGCCUAGUGCGCGAUAUCUGCGCCCUGAACCAAAGGGCCCGCCUAGUGCGCCACAGGCCUAGUGUCUGAUUUGACCCCACGGGCCUAAUACCUGAAAUCUGGUGGUCUAGUGGGGAAGGGGGUGACUUGCGCGCCUCACUGUGGGCCUACCUACCCUGUUGGAGAAGCGAUGCCCGAUCCUCAACUUCUGUCUUUGGUCGCCGCCCCUUCUCCAUGGUCAGCCGACGCUGGAGGUCUUCUUUCUUGAUGGCAGCGCAUUCAGGCCACUUCCACAGCCUCAGGAACUGCCAACUCCUCCCCUUUACAAUGUCUUUUCUGGUUACCUGGGCCAAGCGCCCAGCAUCACUCCUUAUAUGCGGUUCAGCCCUACGGGCCUGCCUACUUGUGGGCACGCAAACUAAUAGGGCCUGGUACCCCUUAACUGGCCAAAGGUCUAAAGCAUGACUUUUAGCCAUGGGCCUAGUAUCUGCCUACCAUGGGGCAGUUUGGGUGACCUAGGCCUAAUGCCCAGAGUCACCAUAUACACCUAUGGGGCCACACUUAACUGAUAGGGCCUAGUGCCCUCUGACAUGCCCACAGGCCUAAGCCUGAACUGGUCCACAGGCCUAGUGCUCGACCUCUGCACGCUGGGUCAAAGGGCCCGCCUAGUGCGUCACAGGUCUAGUGUCUGAUUUGACCCCAAGGGCCUAAUGCCCAAAAUCUGGUGGUCUAGUGGGGAAGGGGGUGACUUGCGUGUCUCACUGAGGGCCUACCUACACUGUCGGAGAAGCGCUUACCGGUCCUCAACUUCUGUCUUUGGCCGCCACCCCUUCUCUGUGUUCAGGCGGCGCUGAUGAUCUUCUUUCUUGAUAGCAGCGUAUUCAGGCCUCUUCCGCGGCCUCAGGAACUGCUCCCGCAGCAUCCUCUUCACUCUCUGGCCUCUGCGAUCCCUUCUUCUUUCUUCUAUGACGUCCGUCUUCUUCGGUCCCAGCAGUGGCAGCCCAGCAUCUCCAGAAAUGCUGGGCACACCCCCAAAGUGUUGCACCUCCCAAAGCUCCUGUCAAUCCUACAGGGGGUUUCAUAAAACAAACUGCUAUCAGACAUCGGUGCUUAUAACACUGUUGUCAUCUCGAUAAAGACGCUGCACAGCGUAGAAAUGUAUAGAAACAGUGUUUUGAUAUUGGUCUGACAACCAAAAUCCAUAUUUCUGAACCCACUGCGUAUUGAUACCCGGGUUACAUUUUCCAGUGGAUUGUAUAUAACAUCAUUAUGGUACAGUUGUCUUGUCCAAUCGUAUGUAUUUAUCACUUCUAAUAAAUACUUUUGGAUUAGAAUACGGUUCUUUCUGGUUCCAUAUAUAUGUUAUUUGAGACAUCAGUCUUUAUCAUUAUCCAGCAAUAGGGACUACAGAAGUCCAAAGAAACCUUUAUGUGCGUCACAUCUAUUUGUUACAAGUAAGCAUACAUGUAAAAAUCUGCUCAAGUUUGCAUCUAUCACCACUUUGAGUGUCGACGUACAGGAAUGAGAGACUUAUAAUUGGAUUGGGACCUUCCACACACUCUUCCCUUCCUUGUAUCACCGACUGGUGGAGCUGUGUUUAUUCACAGUAUUACACUAUUGUGUGAUUUUCUUGUUUCUAUGUGAUUACCAUCGAACAUUACAUCGUUUGACUCUAUUGUGAAAUAACCACAUUGAGGAUCAACAAAAGUUUGGGACAUUUUAAAGCGCAAGUGAGGUUGUACCCUUUUUCUUUUCCAUAUGUUGUUAUAGGUUGGUGACCUAUUUUGUACUAUCUCGUGCUACUUCAUUGUGCAGCGCCAUAGGAGGAAUUGUUUAUUGUAUUCUUCAGCUCCUGCCCAGCCUCUGAUGUCAGACAGGGGCGGUGCCUAUGACGCAAGCAGAGCUGAUUGGCUACAGCAGAGUAUACUAGGGUGCCUGCUGUGGUUUCUCCUCCCUUUUUGCUCACCUCUGUGGCAUCAGCUUCGGGGGUGGCUUUAACUUUUUCAGAAUUUAAUGAAGAGCUGAGAGAAGAUGAAGCUGUUUUCUCGACGGAGGCAUCGGUGGCUGGUCCGCCUGAGACUACAGGUGAGGCACAGCCAGAUUAAGGGAGGGCCCAGGGGAUACGUUACCCCAGGCCCAAUAACCUCUCAGGGCCCCCUGUGCUGGACCAAUUUGUUUUUCAGAGAUGGAGACAACCUUGUCUCCAUCUCUGCAACGGUCAGGGCCGCCCCCAUGCACAAUCAGAGCGCCUGCCUGGCUGCUCCUCACAGAGUGCUCUGAUCGGCAGAGCUCUCUGCAUUGGAUACAUUGCACCCACACAGCUAAGGCCGGGAGCUACUGAGCAUGUGCAGUAGCAGCUCAGCUCAUAUGGACUCCGGCAGUGACUCGCCUCUUACUUAUUUGGUUAAUUUUGUAUUUUGUGUGUGUAUGUGUGUGUGUGUGUGUGUGUGUGUGUGUGUGUGUGUGUGUGUAUGCGUGUGUGUGUAUUUGUAGGUAUGCUGUCUAUGUAUGUAUGUAUGUAUGUAUGUAUGGUGUGUGUAUGUGUGUGUGUGUAUGUAUGUAUGUAUGUAUGUAUGGUGUGUGUGUGUCUGUAUGUAUGUAUGUAUGUAUGGUGUGUGUGUGUGUGUGUGUGUAUGUGUAUGUAUGUAUGCAUAAUAUGUGUGUGUGUUUGUAUGUAUGCUGUAUGAGUAUGUAUGCUGUGUGUAUGUAUAUAUAUAUAUAUAUAUAUAUAUAUAUAUAUAUGUAUGUAUGUAUGUAUGUAUGUAUGGUGUGUGUGUUUGGAUGCAUAGUGUGUGUGUGUGUGUGUGUGUGUAUUCAUAUGUGUGUGUGUAGGUAUGCUGUGCAUGUAUGUAUGUAUGUAUGUAUGGAUGGAUGUAUGUUGUGUAUAUGCAAGUAUGGUGUGUGUGUGUGUGUGUGUGUGUGUGUGUGUGUGUGUGUGUGUGUGUAUAUGCUGUGUGAAUGCAUGUAUGUAUGGUGUAGUUUGUAUAUAUAUAUAUAUAUAUAUAUAUAUAUAUGAACACAUGCAUAUUAUAUAUAUAUUGGGCCUAUAUCAGUAAGGAUUGCAAAGUCUGCUAAGAUGCAGAAUUUGCAAUCCUUGUGUGAUCGCAUGCUGACAGCUGCCCAUCGCAGGGCAAGACCACCCAGCAUGCUGACCGCCACCGCCACCCCCCUCACCCCUUGAGCAAGCAGAAUUUGCGAUUGCACAGCAAUUUCUGCUUGAUUGCAAAUAAUGGGUAGCCUCCUGCAGGCGCAGGCCGCCAACAUUUUUGUGAUUGCAGCGGCUGUGUGUGACAUCAUGCAGCCAUCCCGACCACGCCGCUGCCGCACUCCAUUCACGCCGCCGUGUACCCGCAAUGCUCCGUUUCCAGCUAGGAAUUGUAACGUUGCUGCCCAAUGAACGUCCACCGUCCAUGCCCACGAAUGCCUCUGCCUGAUUGUCAUGCAGAGGUGUUCGCAUUUUCUGCUGGAGCCCGCAGGAAAUGUGGGUGCAUGCGCAGGAGAGGCCCUGCGGAUUUCCCCGCUUCCUUUUAGUAAUUCUUGCAGUUGGAUCGCAAAUAGUCGACCAUAGUCCUCAGGGCGCCCCCUUGACUUGAGUUCCCCAGACCCCCGUAGCCUUUAUCUGGCUCUGAGAUGAGGCACCGGGGGAAUCAGACGAUGAUGAUAGAUCCUCCUCCUCCUCUUCGCUGUCACCUUCCGCUACUAGCGCAGUCAGGGUAUAGAAGCGUUCUGCUAAGUAUGCUAGACAAGAGGCUGUUAAGUGCGGCUAAGCUCCGGUUGGCCUGAAGCUCGUUUACAUGGAAUUUCCAUGCUAUCUUUUUUUCUUUUUGGCAGAUCCUCAUUUCAUUAUGUUUCCAACAGAACUGUUACUAUUUUACGUCUCAGUUUGAUCAUUUUCUCUGGUUCUUUCCAUCCCUUAUAGGUUUGCUGGGCGAUAGGCGCAAGGAUGGCAUAGCUGCCCGCUCAUGUCUUCUGCUCGGCUGGGUUUAUGGCUUUAAGUUUACGCCUUUAAAGCUCAUUUAAAUAAAUAGAUAACAGUUU